AUGAGUGCGCCCCCAAGCAGUCCGCCGCCGUACUCGCUCACGCCUCCGGAGGUACACCCUAUCGGCCCUACGAAGCGUGCCUCGUCCUCUCCUCACCUCCAUCGUGCGGCAGAUCCUCGUCCAGUCUCGUCGCUCGCGUCACACUCUCGCCAGGUCUUCUCCGAGUAUUCGCGCUCGCCUCCACGUAUCAAUCCUACAUCAGACGAAGACGAGUCGGGUGCGGAGACAGACGAUGGGGUACUUUUCAGGUCGCAAGGGCGCAGUUUCGCGGAUACACUACGACAUCGUCUGCUCGGGAAGGGCAAGGGGAGAGCAUGUGAUGAGCAUUGGACACGACCGAUAACGACCACCCCUGGAGCAUUAUGCGCUGGGGAAACAGAGACGGAGGGCGAGGAUUCGCCACGAAAUCUGCCCACCGCGAGAAUCCGACCCUCUUCCUUAUCCCAGCAACUCUCACUACCCGCGUCGACUGCAUGGCUCGUCCAAUCUCUAUUCCAACUAUUCCGCCUCCUCUCUAUCGUUCCCGCUAUCUUCGGCACCCUGUGGAAUAUCUACCGCAUAUACGCGCCUCCCUAUGGGGAUGACGCGCUCAGAGUGGACUACUUUGUUUGUGCAUUGUGGGUGCGAUGGCAAUGUCUACAAUUGACAACAGGCCUCCUCAAGCGAUGGAAGGUUUACUAUUCCCCCUUCGCGGCCCUUAUCCGCUUGCUCGCGCUUCAAGCUAUCUGCUGGCCUGCCACGCACCUUACCCUGACCUUGCUCGACCACGAAGUGCGACCACUCAUCUGUUGGGCCGCUAUCGGUACUACGACGUGCUGCAGCCGGAGCAUACAGCUCUGGGUGACCUCGAACAUCGUCCCGGCUCCUGCGCCACCUGGGAGCGCGGUCCCGGAGGAGGAGCUGAUGCGCAAGAGCAAGCGACGCAGGUGGGACUGGGCGCAGGUUGGCGUCAAGUGCGCACUACCCGCGGGGAUCAUUUACACCAUCAUGGCAUGGGCCCUUCUGCUCAAGAGGGAGUUUCUGGGGUGCUGA